UUCAAAGCCUCCCGGACGUAGCAGACCGACAAUCGGACACUGGUGGACCCACGGACCGAUAGAGGAUGUAGGACCCAUUAAGAGAGGUGGUGGUCGGAGCGUUACAUAAAGAUAUCUACAUUUCAGUAUAUAAAUAUAUAAAUAUUCUAUGACUAUUUUGAAAUAACUUGAGGUCAUAGAAUGGAUAUCUUAAAAUUGAUUUAAGAUCAAGAUUAUAUGUUUGAUUGAAUAAGUUACAUAGUCAUAGAAUGGAUAUUUCAAAAAUGAUUUAAGAUCAAGGUGAUAGGUUCAAUGAAUAAGUUACUUACUCACUAUGUUGCAGCUGAUUUGUUGGUGAAUAUGAGAAUAUUAAAUUAAUAACUAAUACACAAAUUACACAAUCUCUAUAUGAAGUAACUCUAUCUAAAUCCUACCCAAAAAAAAAGUAACUCUAUCUAAAACAUGCAUGCCUUAGCAAUAUCACUAACAUUCACAUUCAGAAAAAAAACACAUGUUUAAUACAAAACAGUUAAGCUUUGAUUCUCUUUGAUUAUUAAUUAGUAUCUUUUAUAAACCCUUUUCAAUCAAUGACAACUCAUUUAACCAAAAAAAUUAACAAAUUUGUUGUUGAUUAUGGAUAUUCUAACCUAAUAUAAAUUAAAUACCACAAUCCCUAUAUAAGUAAAUCAUAUUGUACUCCAAUAACAUUCACAAUCAACAAACACUUUCCAUAACCUUCUAUAAUAUUCAAUCCUCUCAAGAAAAAAAAAGAAAAAAAAACAAAGAAGAACUAUUUGUACUCAUAGAAAAUGGAGAACAAAAAAAUGGGCGUAUUUUUGGUGAUGAUGUUGAUGAUUGGAACCCUUAUGGUUGAAUCGAAGGCAAUAGAAAAUACUCCAGUCGUUUUAAAACAAGAUCCUAUAUGCUAUCUUAAAUGUUUUGAACUGUGUCUUCUUAAUCCAAUCUUUCUAAUCAAAAACAAAUGUCCUAAAAAAUGUGACAAGAAAUGUGUGGAACAUUUUUCUGAAAUAAUACCAAAAACAAAUCGACCAAAUUGAUAUUUCUGCAAAACCGGUUGUGUUUCUAUCGAAUAUCAAAAUGGGAGAAGUAUGCAGCAGCAUGUAUUAGUUCUUGUUCAAAAAUAUGCAAUAAAAAAUCUAAUAGUAAUAAUAAUUUUAUUUUA